GACCCAAAGUACCGCCGCGGCCACAUCAACUAAAGGCGCUACCAUGGCAGCCCAAACUGCUGCCAUGGCAGCGAAACCGACGGCAACACAAACUGGAGAGCCAAGGCAGCGAGCCCACCAACACAUGGGCCGGGCCGGACAAGUUGUUACUCCCAGGGCAGGCAGACUACAAGUACCCAGCCAAGACGCAGCGAACGGGCAUCCGGGCUUGGAUCACGAACGGCAACGGCGGCUUCCUCUUUUCCCUGUCAUCUCCUACCUCCUGUACUCUCCCUCCUCAACCUCUUGGAGUUGAGCUUGAACUUCCUGUAAUGGAGUAAUUCGAGUGAUUCGUGAGUGGCUACAUAACAUCGUGGCAUCAGAGCCUCCUUCCACCCUUCCGAUUCGCCACAAAUUUUCCCGAGUUCGUCCAAUUUUUGCCCAAUUUUUUCUUCUGAGUUCAUCAAUUUCUUCCACCACCAUGCACCCGGAGCUGAAGUCCUACUUGGCCGAUUACCACGCACGGACCAUGGCGCGCUACGACGCCGUGGACAAGCAGCACGCGCGGAUGUUAAAGAUCCUCACGGGCGUCUCGACCCCGCAGCUGGCUUGCCCCAUGGGCACAGCAGCCGAUGGUGGCCUCACCGACGACCCCAGAGCCCCGGCGGUCGUCCACGACGUCUUCUCCACCACCACCCAGGCCCAGGAGACCCCCGCGGUCUCGCAUGAUGCACCCUCGGUCCGCAUCGAGAGGGUGCCCGCCACCUGUUCGACGGAGUGCCUGACCCAGGUCGCCUCCAUCGCCAGCGUCGGCGAGGUCCACGACGCUGCCACAGCCGCCCAGCUCGAGCCCGUGGAUGACCACAUCCACCAGGAGGUCGCCUCCGAGAUCAUCACACCAGUGGCAACCACCACCGAGGUCAACCCCAAGACCAGCGUGCAGGAGCUGGACGACUCGCCACUACCAUGCAGCAACAACUCCACCCAAGUAGUGAGCGAGGCGGACCACAUCGUCGUUCUCCUUGUUCCCAACAACUUGGCUGCACUAGCGCCGUCCAAGUGCUUGGCAGAAUGCUCCGCCUAUGUGGGCGACUGGGUGAAACCUCUGACCGCCACCAUCGAUAGUGUCGACGAGACACAUGACACUCCCAUCGCUGAGCGUCUGCACCCGCCUUCCUUCGAACGACAUCAACCAUGGAGGUUCAAUCACAUGGGAUCCAUCUUCAGGCCUAGCCCGUGGCCAUCGUUCGGGCCUCUGUCAGUCACAAGCUACCCGGAAGAGCCAUGUUCAAGUAUCCAUAGUCAAUCACAUCGAGGUUCCUGCUUUAGUCCUUGGUUAGUUCGGUUGAUGUUUAGAGAUGUUCACCUGGAGGAGCAUGGUAAUGGAACUGAUUCAGUCAAGCCUUGCACCAGUGGAAUUCAACACAAAGUGCGUGAAAGUUUCACUGAAAUUGCAAGGCGAUGUUCGUUUGAUGUUCGGAGAUGUUCACCGGGAGAUGGUCCAGCAAUCGCAAGGGAGUUCGAUGUUCCUUUGGAAAUCAAAAAAAUGGAUAAAGGAUGCAUGGGUUCAAGUGUGGCUGCAUAUGUAUUACCUCUUGAAAGAUAUGAACCAUGCAAGUAUCAGUUUUUCAGAGAAUCAAGCAUGACUGAUUUUCCUGCUGAAUUCGAAGUUGAAUACGAAGCUGAAUAUUAUGUUCAAAAUACAACUCCUGGAUUGGUUGGGCGUGAAGAUGACUUAAACCUCUGGAACACAGAUGGAUGCUCAGCAGGCAUUGAUAGCAACAAUACAGUUGUUGUGGCUGAUAGCAAAUCUGAUAAAAUAUCUGACAGUUGAAAGUGGACACCUUCUUUAAAGAUGUUAUAGAAGUUCUGGAUAUCAUGUCUAAAGCGCCACCAAGAAAAGAAAAGAACUUGUCUGCUCAAGAUACUUCAAGUGUUCAGCUGUCAAUUGAUAACUCUUGCCUGGUGAUCCUAUUUCUGCCCUGGUGUGCAAAAUUUCUGUCAAUCAAGCCCUUUCAAUUAUUGCUGGACAAGGGAUACCUAGAGUAUCACAUAAC